CGUGUGUAUAAGCAUUAAAAAAUGUCAAUUGAAUUCAAUGAAGAUGAGCUGGUGCCGCCUGAAUGGUUGGACAAUACGUUCUUUCAGAAGGUCGUGCGAAAUAUAGAGGAGUGCAGUGGCGUGCCAAAGAUCUAUGACCUACUUAUUAGACCCGCCACCCAGAAGGGAGAUCACUAUGCAAGUGUCAUGUUUCGCGCCAACUUCAAGUAUACGUGCAACAACAGCAAAGUCAAAGAGCAAAUAGUCGUAAUAAAAACUGUGCCGGCGCAGCACUCGGCGAAGUACCAGCACCUUAACGAUUCUCAUUUCUUCGCCAACGAGGCACUUAUCUACAGCGAGGUGAUACCCCAAUUCGAGGCUAUUUGGCGACAUUAUGGCGAAAAUAUCAAAUUCGGUGGACGUGCCCUUUACAGCGCACUUCAGCCACAUCCCGUCAUUGUGUUGGAAGAUUUAUGUCUUGCCGGCUACGACAUCUUGCGCGACCGUCUGUUCAGCCUCGCCGAAGUCAAGGCAUGUUUGCACAAGUUGGCCUGCUGGCAUGCUGUCAGCCAUAAAGUGACACUGCAACAACGAGAUGUCAGCCGCACACCUGCGCCAACCGAAGCAGAGCAGUGUGAGCGCGCUGCCCGGGCAGCGGUGGUGUCGCUGCAAUAUGGCCUCUUCACCGCAACGAAUCUAAUGAAUUCGGCAUACAUGCACAAUGGCCUGCGAAACAUGAUUGCGGCUCUUGAGCAGGCAGGUGGAUUUGAAGUUUAUUUAACCAAAUUGCGGGCUAUGCAGCCGCAGGUGCUGGAGCGUUGCCUGGAAAUGAACAAUGCAUACGGUGUGGGUGUGCAGGGUCCCAUUUACGUGCUCAAUCAUGGUGAUUUUCAUACGCGCAACCUGAUGGUGCGGCGGGCGGCUGAUGGACAUGUGGAGGAUACAGUAUUUAUCGACUUCCAAGCAAGCUUUUUGGGUCCUUCCUGCUGUGAUUUGCAAUACUUGAGUAUCACUCUGUUCGAACGGCGUCUGCGUGAUGAGAAGCGUGAAGAGCUUUUUGGGUUUUACUUUCAGUGCUUCGUGGAAGGUUUGCGGAAAUUGCAAUAUACUGGCAGUAUACCCACCUUCGAGGACUUUAAAGCAGACUGUAAGCGUUGGCGGCAUUUUGAAAUUUAUCUGCUGGCUACUAACCUACCACUGACCGUUAUCAAUCCUCGGAAAGGCAGUAAUGUGGACAUAAACCGGAUAUUUAAUGAGGAGAAAUAUCGCACCGCCUACUAUAAGAAUCCCGAUUACAUUGCCUAUUUGCGUGAAUUAUUGCCAAAGUACUUGGCUGAAGGCUACUUGGAUUGAUUGAAACAUAUAAGAGUUUUAGCCAAAAUAUUAUAUUAAUUAUCAAUUUUCCUAAAAAUAAGCCAUAGUCUAUAUCUUAAUAAAAUAAUAUUCUUAAA